AUGGCACGAGAGGUGGAGUUUACUGUCUGCGGACCUGCGGGACAGGAGAUUGGCAAGUUCCGCCUGGAUUCCGCGUCUCCGUGCGCAUCUCUGAAGUUGCAGAUUGAGCAGAAGGUAGGUCCGCCACCUGCGACACAACAGAUCGUCAUUGGAGACCGGACUCUUGAAGAUGUGGAUCCUUUGCUGCUUGAGGCAGGUUCGCAUGCAGACUCCGUGCAUGUGACGCUCUUGCUGCGGUUCCCUGCUGGCGAGUCCAAGUUGGAAGCUUCCUGGAAGGCUCUCCCUGGGGCGGGUGGACUCCUGGAAGAGCUGCACAUCUCCGAGGAACACAAAGCUGCCGUGCUCCCCGACCGGCGCGUGCACACGUGCGGUCUCGACCCGGACUCUGGCUUGCUCCUGCUCAUGCGCGAGAGCGGCGAGAUUCGAGGAUAUAUUCCUAUGAAAGGAGAGAACGGAAAGGUUACCAUAGUUCCCAGCACCGAGUCUGCCAAAGGAAAAGGAGAGUACGGAAUGCCUACCACAGGCCUUCCCAGCACCGCGUCUGCCAAAGACCGACGGAGCUGCCUUUCCGAAAGCGAGGACGAUUUCGGCAAGGGCAAGGCCCAGGGCAAGUUUAUUAAAGGCAAGCCUGGCUGGAAGCGACGCUACCGGGAACCGGGAUCGCUAAUCAUGUUGCGUUCCGAGGGCAAACCUGUGGAGGUGCCCCUGGAUGUUGAUCACCCGCUGCAUUGGGACGCGGAGAUACUUGCGGUUGAAGCCGUGCAGGGCUUUCCGAUCCCUUCCUUCGGCGUUGCAGUUGCGCGAGUAUUCGUUGGCGCCAGCAAGGUGCACCUGAUUUCAAUGGAGCUAUGCCCUGCGGUCAUCAAGUGGCAGCGUUUGUCAGCGUCAGGUACCAGAUGCGAAGCGGCAUGCUUGGACAGGGAAAACCUGCGGACAAUCUUCGUUCAAGCGGGUCCUGCCGGGCGUGACGUGGUGUUCACAGAGCUGCGGACCGUCAAGGCAUCUGAACAAGUCGACAAGUUUCCGCUGAGUGGAGACUCAUCGGACAAAGCGGUGAGCAGCAUUGCAUGGUCAAGCGCUUCUUCUUCUUCUGUUCUGCUUACCUUUGUUGGCGAGCACGCGGUUCGGGUGUACCAGAAAACGGGAUCGGAAUGGCUAGCUACUAUGACACUUGGAGAUCCGUUGCGACGAGGUUGUGUGGAUGGUGAGGCUGAUCAGCUUAUGUUUUGGUUUCCAAAGUGCGACGACUUUGACGGAGAGCUGACAUAUUCUCGCCCGCUCAUUGCAGGUCCGUCUGGUGCAGUUUUCGUGCACUCUGGCGGAGUGCUGAUGCGCUUGGCGGCCAACUUGUCCUCUGCGAUCAAAGCCACAUCAAUGAGGGAGGAGCUGUGGAUGCUGGACGAUGAUGAAGGUACCCCUGAGUAUCCCUGCCCUUACAAUGUUGUCGGGGUUCACAACGACAAGAUGUACAGGCCUUUGCGCCAAACAGACUACCGAGAGGGGCUCCUCGUUCGCCGGUUGCAACUGUCUCCAGAUCUGCGGCAGGGCCGAAGUCGGAUCCGAGAUACUGCUCCAGCAUUAUGGCCUAGCAUCAAUGAGAAUCGCGUUAGGGAUGCAGCUUUCGUCGACAAUCCAGACUUAUAUUUGUGUGCGAGAGCCUUGCGGCCAGCUCGCUACUACGAGGAAGACCGUGACAGGUGGGAUGGAAACCCCCGGUGGCUGGGCGAUGGGUGGCUCUGGCAGAAUACCGAAAUUCCGGAAGACGUCCGGAUCCGCCGAGGCCGACUCAUUGAUUUCGCGGAGUGGCGGCAGCUCAAGCAGUUCGAGGAGGAGUAUUUGAAGGGCGGCAAGGCUGGCAGGGGCAAGCGCGGUGGCUACCAGGAAGCACAGGAAGACCCUGCCAAGGAACUCAGAUACAGGAACCUCUUCGAAAAUGAGUGCCGGGGGCUUUCCGAAAGUUCGACCUAA